GGAAAUGCGGUGUCUUCAUUUGGCUGUGCUGCUGUGCUCCUUGCUGGUUGUCUGCAGGGCGGACACCCUGGUCCAGCUUCACGUGAAUCGUCCCUACAACGACGUGAACGAGAAGUUCGUGAGCUUCGCCGUGCGUCCGGAGGAUCUGUACGAUGCCCUGGACGGGAAGAACAGGAAGGCCGUGACCAGCAUGGCCACUCUGCUCGGCGAUGCUCACAUCAAGUUCGUGGGCGACUUCUACUUUGCCACCAAUGCACCCACCCGACUGCGCAAUCCCACAAAAAUCAUAUGGAAGGGCUUCAAUCGCUGGACGCGUGCUGUUAACUGGACCAUGAUCAUCCCCGUGCCGUAUGCCCCGGACGAGUGGGACUCGAUGCACACCCUGAAGAUACUCAACAGCUCCUACAUGGUGGGCAUCACGGACUGCAUCUGGCAGCUGGGCACGGACUUUGGCACCUCGCGGGCCAAGGACUACGUGCAGGAGCUGCGCACCCUCAAGCUGAUGACGGACACCUUCAAGCCGUACGUGGACGACUGGCGGGUGAUGGGCGCAGACAUCUCCGCGGGCAGCAGUGCGGAAGAGACGCGUAGAUACGUGGACAUGUCCAAGGACUUGAAUGCAGCCUUUGGCUGGACGCAGCCUGCCAAUAUGCUUCCGCAGUCCAGCCUGGGAAGCUACAUCUACGACAGCGAUCCGGCUUUGAGGGCACUUCAGCAGCUGCGCGUCCCUCUGUGGCUGACUCUGCCUGAGGAGCGGUCCUCUUCCGCCCAGGCCAUCAGCAAGCGACUGCUGGGUGACGAGACCACGGAUGCUCUACGCUGGGCCCAGACCCUGGGAGAUGCGGCCAGCAGCGGCUUUGAUGUGAUCUUCAAGAGGAUGUCCCUCGUAGACUUUGAGCGCCCCACCUUCUCACUGUAUGUGACGGCGUUGUUCAAGAAGGUCAUGGGUUCACGGGUGUUCCCGGCCAGGCCGCUGAACCUCUUCGCCCCCAGCAACAAGCUCUACACGCACUGCGCCAAUGCCGUCUCCGGGGGAUUGGCCUUCAUGGUGGUCAACACGGAGGACCAGCCCAUGACGAUCACUGUCAGGAGCAUGACACGCCUCGCCAGCAGCGAGAUUUGGCAGUAUGUUCUCUCCGGUCUGGAUGGUCGCGUGCAGCUGAAUAAUGUGAGGCUGACCCUAAACUCCACUCUGCGGCCCCUGAUCAAGGCCAACGAUGCCAGCAAGCCCCUACAACUGAUCACGCCGAGCAUGUCGGUGGGCUUCUGGGUCCUGCCCACGGCCGACCUGGAGCACUGCCAGUUCACCGAGAUCGAGACUGGCGACGCCAGCGGCGAGGCAUCGACGGAGGCACGCCGCUCCAAUCGCUACAGCUCCGCGGACCGACUGCUCCAGCGUCUGAUCGAAGAGACGGCCGUCUCGAGAGGAUCCCUGCAGAGCACCAUCAACCGGAACCGCCGAUUCGUGCUGGACAAACAGGAAACCGACUCCCUGCUGGACCAGCUGCUGCAGCCGUUCAACCAGCCCACAGCGUUGGCUCCUGCCAAGCGAGAGGCGCGCAAGGAGGCAGCCAGUCAGCAGGUGAGGCCCCACGAGGCCAUGGCCUGGCUGCACCAGGUGCUGGAACAGACCCGCGACGUGGCCAAGCGACGCGGCAGGCGCAGUGCCGCCAACUAUGGCGGUCCCUACUUCUACAACCGGCACGGAAAGAAAACGGCGCUGACCAAGAAGAUCACCGAGAUCCGAAAGCCAGAGCGCAAGGCCAAGCCACUGUUCGACUUCGAUGAGUUCGACGAGGAGAAGUUCUUCAAGAAGCUCGGCGAACAGACUGAGGAGCCGCCGUCCUACACCCGCCUGCCCGAGGGCGAUGUCCUUCUGCGGCACAUCGAGUCGGUGGAUGGUGAGGAGAGUGAGCAAGAUGCGGAGCCAGUUGUCUACAGGAAGUACAAGCCCAAGUCCAAGACACAACUCAAAAUUAUCCAACGAUCUCUAGAGGAUACAGAACCCGAGCAGGAUAGGGAGCAGGCGCCGAUGCCGGCACAGGAGAGGGCUGAGGGGCGUGGAAAGCUGCGACUACUUCCCACGGAGUUCUUCGAGGCCCUACCCGCACCCAAGCAGAGCAAACGCUUGAGCCUCGGGGCCACCCUUAACUCUUUGCUCUUUCCCGAACCCUUCUCUAGCAAAGCCAGCAUAAGCAAGACCAAGUCCAUGCCGCAGGAAGAGCCUGAGGAGGAGGUGGAGCCUCUAGCCAAGCGUCGUCCCGCGAAGAUGGGGCAUGUAGCCAACGACUUCCUGCAGGCGCAGCGAGAAUUGGGCAAGAACUUCCUCAGCCACAUCCACAAGCAUGAGCUCCCGUUGGACGAUGAGCAUGCUCAGGAGAGUUCCCUCGAGGCUGAGCCAGCUAAAAAACCCACUAACCAGAAAUAUUUUGGAGCCAAGGAUGCGCUAGUACCGGUGCCAAAGCCUAAGCGGCUGACCCAGAAGGCGGACGAGAGCAUCACGUCCUGGUGGGAGAUGCCCUCUCUGCGCCGGCGACGCGCACUGUCCGUCGAUCAUUCAGACGAUGAGGUGCGCUCCAACGCUAUCGACAAAAUGGAUCGGGACGAUAUGCUGCCCCUGGGACGUUACGCCUUUUACGAAUACAAGGUGGAUCAGCCGGUGGAGGAGUCAACUUCAGAACAGUCCACGGAGCCCCCCAAAGAUUCCAAAAUCAUGAGAAUAAGCAAGACCAGAACUCCGACAACCAGCCGCAAGACAUCGCUCUCCGACACCCUGGUGUCGACGGUCAAGUCGAAGGUCUCCCGCUUCAUGAACAUCGUCUCGCGGCACAUGAGCGAGUGGUACAACACCCUCACCAAGCACCUGGACACCGAAACCGGUCCAUCCCGGCCUGCCUUGAGCGUCAGCGGUAACUCCAUCGAUUAAUACGCGAUCGAAAGGAGUCCUUGAAGUGGUUUAUUUGUAUUCGAAGAUUGGAAUUGAAAUUAAGUACAGAGUGAACUUAGCAAUUAGUGUAAAUAUGUAUUUAUGUACAUUACCACCUAAACAACCUUAGUGGAAUUCUAUUUUUCUAGAUAAUGGAACCGUAAUUAUCUAUUUCAAAUAAAAACGCAGCAACAAGACGGAGAACUAGGUGAGCUUUGAUUAAGCUUUUGCUAGGUCGAUCGGCUUUUUAUAUUGUUCGAAGAUCGAAGAUACUAUGCCACUGUACACGAAACAAAACAAUUAAAAUGUACUAUAAAGUUAACAUAUUAUUUCGCUUUAUCCCAACUG